ACUGGCAUUUUUAUGUAAGUAGUAGAAAGAAAUAAGGAAGACGCAAAAAGCAUUGAUAUUAAUCAAUCAUGUCAACUUUGCUGUGGACGCCUUCUUUGUAUUCUGUGAAACUCAAUUUCAACGGUGGAAGACAAUCAUCUCAGAAGCUGCUUAACGCAAACUCCUCCUCCUCCUCCUCUGCUCAUUUCCGACGCACGCACCGUCGCUUUACAAUCUCUUGCAAUUCUUCUUCUUCUAACGACGAUGACUCAACAAAACCACAAUCUCAAUCCCAAUCCCAAUCCAUUCAACUUUACUCCCAAAUUGAAAGAUUAGUUACUACUUCUGCUAGUCAAUCACAAGAUGCAUGGUGGGGUUCUUCUUCAGAUUGGACUCAAGUCGAGGGAUCAUGGAUUCUCAAACCCAAAAGCUCCAAGCCCAAUUUUGUUGUACAUUUUGUGGGAGGUAUAUUUGUAGGAGCUGCCCCUCAGCUUACCUACCGUUGGUUUCUUGAGCGUCUAUCAGAAAAGGGUGUAUUGAUCAUAGCAACUCCGUAUGCUAGUGGGUUUGAUCACUUCCUCAUUGCAGAUGAAGUGCAGUUCAAAUUUGAUCGGUGUUACCGCACACUAGAUGAAACGGUCAAAGACCUUCCUAUUUUUGGCGUUGGUCAUUCUUUGGGAUCGCUUGUCCACCUUCUGAUUGGGUCAAGAUAUGCAGUUCAAAGAUCUGGAAAUGUUCUCAUGGCAUUCAAUAACAAGGAAGCAAGUUCGUCUAUCCCCUUGUUCUCUCCGGUUCUUGUUCCAAUGGCUCAAAACUUUGCUCCACUUCUAUCAGAUAUUUUUUCUUCACCAACUCUACGAGCAGGGGCGGAGAUGACUUUGAAACAGUUACAAAAUGUUAGCCCUCCCAUUAUGAAACAGGUUCUUCCUUUAGUUGAGCAGCUGCCUCCCCUGUAUAUGGAUUUGGCCAAGGGAAGAGAAGAAUUUACUCCAAAGCCUGAAGAGACCCGUCGACUUAUAAAAUCAUACUAUGGCGUAUCCAGAAAUCUUCUCAUAAAAUUCAAUGAUGAUUCAAUAGACGACACCCCAACUCUAGCACAGGUGCUCAGUUCUGAAUCAGCCAUUAGCUCUGUACUAGACAUGUCAAUACGCAAGUUGCCAGGAGAUCAUGUUCUUCCAUUGCAGCAGGCACUACCAGAUGUUCCACCAGCAAUGGCUGAUGCGGUUAAUCGUGGAAGCGAGCUUUUGUCGAAUCUUACUGUAGGAACACCAUGGGAGACUGUUGCCAAAGAAGUAGGGAACACACUAGGCAUGGAUUCAACAAAUAUCCUUCGUGCACAAGUAUCAAAGGAGAUGGAUAUCCGUGGAUGUGAUCUCGUCUUGGAUAGCCUCCAAUGUAGGGCCUAAAAUUCUGAGGCCGUAAAGUCGUAAUUCAUAUACAUAAGCAAGCAGAAAGUGAUGCUUUGUAGAAAUAUAUAGAAGAAAAAAAAUUGAAGUUGGCGUCAAAACUUUUUCAUUCUCUCUUGUAGAAUGUCAUUGAUGUUAAUCCAUACAAGUAAAGGCAAAUAGAUGUCAUUGAUGUUAAUCCAUACAAGUAAAGGCAAAUAGAACUCUGUCAAUCACCAGUUGCUGUAAUUGUGACUUAGAAAAUAUUGGUUUCUGUAUAAAGUCAAAAGACUCAUAUCAAAGGCACACUAGAUGUUAAUUUUUAAUUGAUUCUGUAAUUUUUCAGCA